AUGGCUCCUGUUAAGCGUACCUUCGAACAGGCAGACCAGGGUUGGACCAACGAGCAAGCCCUGGCCUCAGAGCUCGGACAUGCUCUGGGUGACGAGCAAUUCCCAUCCGGUGCCUCUCAUUCGUCCUCGCAGCAGAACAGCACCGAUGUCGCGGAGGGCCCUGCAGUUCAGCAAGCUGUCCAGUCUGCACCACCUGCUAAACGGCCUCGAAAGGCCCGACGCAAGAGGAGCGACCCUCCUCCUGAUUACUCCGCUGCGGUCCAGCGCAAUAUGUCGGGUUUGAGUCGGGCUGCUCAGGCUUGUGACCGUUGUAAGUAUCGAAAGGUGCCUUGUGAUCACGGCUAUCCGGCCUGUGAGAAUUGCCGUAAAGAGAACUUACCAUGCGUCACUACAGACCGUGUCACCGGCCGUCCCAUCGCGCGCGGCUAUUUGGAGCGGGUUGAAUCAUACGCCUUUGACAACUAUCAGAGGUCUCGCCACCUUCAAGUCUUAUUCAUGAAUACCUGGAACUAUGCCUAUGCCUUAGAAGCUCAUGUUCAGCAAUUGUCGCAUAUCGUCACUCAGUCUGGGCUGCCGCAUCCCAGUCCGCAGAUUCCUGAAAAUCUGUGGAGAGCAUUCCAUGAAACCAAUCCUGGAGCUGCUUUUGCACAAUUGGACCGCCCUCCCACGCCGCCUCCCUUUCCGUCUCAAGGUAACGUUUCACCCACCGCCCACGUUCCUGUUGCAGGACCUGGACCUGCUAUGGUGAACCAGCCCCCCCAGCCUCACUAUCCAGGUACCACCAGCCAUCCCCCGGGUGCAGUUUCUCAACCCGCUCGGCGUGCGGUAGAGAGUCGGCCGGAUCCGCGACGUAAUCAUACCCAGCGGCCCAAUGCUGGGCAUCCAGCCAUGGGGGCGCCAUCUAGAGAACGUCCUGUCCCUAGUGUGAACGUGAAUACUGCCUAUCCUAACGUCCAGGUGCAUGAUGUGCCUCGCCCUCAGAACCCUACGACCCGUCCACCUACGACCCGUCAAUCUACCACCCAUCCACCUACUGUUCAGCGUUCUGUCCUCGGUACGUCUCCUAACUAUGGUGUUGCACCUGCUCACGCAUCCUAUAACGCUGUUGGAAUUCCUAACCCUGGGGCUACUAAUCGCGCUGCCCAGCAAUCCGCACGAAGCACGCAUAUAGAAACGAUUGACCUCACUGGUGAUGAGGGUGACUAUCAUCCACAGGGCUUGGGCGAAGUUUACCCAGCUCCUCCCAGUCAGUAUAUAGCGACUGACAUCCUCCAGGGUCCUAACGGACAACCCAGCUUUGCACCGCCACCUCAGUAUCCCAAUGAUACCAUCGACCCGUCUGUGCUUAUGCCAGCCUGGUCGCCCUAUAGAUUCGAUGGUUUCGAUACUGGUGUGCAAGCUGGCACGGAGAGUACUGCACCUUUCCUGGACUCCGAGCAACACCAUGUUCCAGAGAACUCGGAUACUGGUGCACAAGGCUCUGCUGAUCAGCCCGCCCCCGCUGCUGAAGCUGCGACUGUCGAUAAUAGCGAGCACCCCGGUGACUCCCAGCUCUUGAGCAAGGUCCCUUCAAGCGCUCCCCUUAACUUUUCCGUCCUUGAUGAUAAGAACUUUGAUGACUUCCACAUCCCACAUGAACCACUCGAUCUUGAACCCGGUGCUGAUCUCGGUGCUUUCCUCGCCCAGUUACAGGGAGCAGAUGCGAACCCAGUGCAGUCACCGCGACCAUAUACCUCUGUCCCUGCCUCUGUCCCUGCCGAUGUCGAUGCUUCUGUCCAUGUCGUUGUUCCUGCCGCUGUCGAUCCCUAUGUCCCCGCCUCAGUCUUUCCCUCUUCUGAACCAGAUAGCAUUGACCGCGAGCUCGCUGAGUUCCUUGCAGAAGAGCCCACCGUUGCAGAACCGCAGGCGCUUUUUGACCUCCCUAGUGGAUCUCCUAAACAGGGGAGCGCCCAUGCCGAUGAUGCUGAUUCUCUAUUUGAGGGUAGCCUUGGGAUUAGUUCAUCCUCUGCUGGCGGUGAGACUGCUCCUACGAAUGAAGCCCCCGCUGGAUCGGGCAAGACUUACAACCUUGGUGAUUUUAGGUUCAGUUCCUAG